UCAGAAUCCGCGGAGGCAAGCUGCAAGUGAGCAUUCAGGACAUGGAGCGCCGAAAGACCAACUACCUGCUUCAUGGGGGACUCGAUGAGGAUGAAGAAAAACUGAAUGAUGCAAAGGCACAGAUGCUUUUGCCGGCUGGAGAGGGGAGAAAUGAGGAAGCGAGUGAACAGGGCCAGCCUGGGCGGGAAGCCGCAGCAGCGGAAGGGGAAGGAGCCGGAGAUUUAAGUGGAGAAGGUCCCUCGGCUGCUGAUGCUGCAGGCCUCAUAGAUAAUUUGAACCAGAAGGACCAUGGCACCAGCGUCAGCGACCAAGAGAAUGAGAAGCAGCCAAAGAAGCCAGUUGGAGAGGGCCCGCGGGUUGCAGAAAGUGUGCAGCCAGUGUCGGUGCUGGUGCGCCAGCGUUGCUUCCACUACAAGUUCAGCCAGUGGCAGUUGCAGGAGCUGGAGCGGUUUUUCCAGCAUAGUCACUACAUCAGUGCAGACGUGAGAAAACAGCUGGCAAGAUGGAUAGGUGUGACUGAAGCUAGAGUUCAGAAUUGGUUUAAGGGGAGACGAGAACAAUACAGGAGAGAUCAGAAGCUAUAAAUGCUCAGAGGUGCUUCUUUCCCCGAAGACUGUGGAGGAAUUCUAGAGAACCACCUUUGCUCAGGAGCCAGAUGUUCAUAAGCUUUUGCUGACACUAACUCU